AUGUCACCUGAAGCCGAUUACCGUCAAAAUGUCUGCGAUAGAUAUCGCGCCUUUCAGAAUGAGACUGUCGAACUGAAGGACGCCUUACGAGGAAUGAAACUGAAUGUUCUAAUGGGUGCUUACAACGGAAGUUACUUCAACUACGAUAAUGAGCAUGGGAUUAAUGCUGCCUAUUCAGGCAUUGCCGCAAGUCUGAUGGACGAGCUUGCUCGGCGAGCUGGAUUCACUUGGAGGUCUAGCUUUGGCAUCUUCACCGAUCCACGAGGCGCGGCCUUCAAUGAAACGUGGACGGACGUACUGGCUUGGGGGGUGGAAAGCUAUGACCUAAAUGUGGAUUGGUGGGCAUCGAACGUCGAACGAUUGAACUUGGGUGUUGCUUAUACCAAGCCGUGGUAUGAUUCCAGCGUCAUACUGGUUGGGAAAGAAGAGCCUGAGGAGAUUAUCGAUAAUACGAUUGAGUGGAAUGAUUUCUGGAAUUGGACCAAACCAUUUACUGUUGAGGUAUGGCUAACGACGUUUGGAACAAUAAUAUUGUCGGGCUUUGUGUAUAUGCUGCUAGAAUGGAUGAAUGAUGAAAUAGACGGCAGGAAUACGUGGAGAUGGUUCAUCGACAAUUUGUUUCUGAGUGCUAUCAAUGCGACGCAGGCGUAUGAAUAUGGGACUCCCAGGUCUUUUCCGUCAAAGAUUUAUGCUACAAGUAUGGCUUUAUGGGCUCUCAUCUUGACAGCUACCUACACUGCCAACCUCGCCAGUUUGUUGGUCGACCGACGUAGUCCCCCUCUUGAAAUUGAAACACUCGCAGAAGCAACCGUAUUUGCCUAUCCAAUUUGCACCGUCGCUGGGACAAAUGCAGACGCCUAUCUUCAGAAGUAUUACCCAUCAGCCCGUCGGCAGCCAACAGCCACGCUCGAGGACAUGUACAAGGGAGUCAACAGUGGUCAGUGUGCGUUCGCGGUUGAUGUUGUUCAGUCAUGGCUUGCCAACAAGGACAAGCGAAAAUACAAUCCAAACUGUGAUCUAGAGUGGGUCGGCGACGGACGCAUAGUAACACCGAAUGCAGCCGGUUUCGCCACGAAAGCUGAUGCUGGAUUCAAAUGCACUGGCCUGGUACGAGAUGUGAUCAACUUUCACAUGGAGCAAAUGAUUGAAGAUGGAACUGUCGACAAGGCCUGGGAAUUUGAGAAUCGACGAUAUCAAAAUGUUGAUUGCGAUUCUUUCCGACCUGAAUUGUUGGACGAAUUGAAUGCAGCCGAAGCCGCAGCGGGUGGUGCGGCUACAAGACGACGGAAUCUAUUGUCCAGACAGCAUGAUAUCAUUGCUGCCUCUCUGCCAAGGAGGCGACGAUUGAAAUCAUCCACGAAAGCAGCAGCUUCGUCAGCUGUGUUGGAAGGAGCAGAAGCGGGUCAGAUGGAGUUGGAAACCAUGAUCGGUUCUUUUUUCAUUCACUGGGCGCUGAUGGCACUUGCAGUGCUUGUCGCUCUUUGUAAGAUGGUGUACCAGACAUGGGUCUUUCCCAGCACCACUGAAAGCAAAAAGCCUCAAACGUUUGAUGUUGAAAACAAGAAUUUGCACCAUGCACUUGACACCAAGAAGCCACAUACAGUUGAGACGAAUGGAGGAUAUUUGUUCAGCAACAAUUUGAUGAAGGGGAGACUGAACGAAGACCUUGAAGUUGAAUUCAGGGAUGAUGGGGGGUUGACUGACGGGAUGCUGACCGAUAGCGGUUUGCAGCAUCAGAUUGAAGAGUUGAAAUAUUUGUUCGAAAAGUCGGAAGCUGUUCGAGUGAAGGAGAAUCAGAAUCUUCAAAGCAAGAUGGAUAUGAUGAUACAGGAGAACCAGGAUCUCAGGUCACAACUUGCCAUAGUAAUAGGACAAAUGCAAAGGGAAGACGACUUGAGGGUGAGACAUGUUUAG